AUGGCCACCACAAUCUAUCUGGUUUUCUUGAACAUCCUCCUAUUUGCUACUCUGAUUAGCAGCUCCUAUUCGGACGACAAAAAACCUCGUCCUCCAACAUCUAAACGACCACCACCAUCUCCUUGGUAUCGACCACAAUCACGGCCACCGCCACCACCUCCCAUAAAAAAACCUCAUCCUCCAACAUUCAAACGACCACCACCACCUCCCAAGAAAAAACCUCGUCCUCCAACAUCCAAACGACCACCACCACCCCCGUGGUCUCGACCACGACCACGGCUACCGCCACCACCGCCUAAGAAAAAACCUCAUCCUCCAACUUCCAAACGACCACCACCACCUCCUUGGUACCGAUCACAACCACCACCACCACCUCCCGUGAAAAACUCACCACCACCACCACCAUCUCCUGUGUCUCGACCACCACUGCCGCCACCGCCACCAUCUCCUGUUGAUCAACCACCACCACCACCACCACCACCACCACCACCACCACCUAUUGUGUCUCAACCACCACCGCCUAGUCCAAAUCCUCCUUCUUCUCCACCAAAUUUUCGGCCACCACCUCCUAAAAUAAACACAUCUUUUCCGCCACCUUUUUCUCCAAAAGAGCCUCCUAAGAAAAGUCCCCCUUCUCCACUUUUAUCUCCAAUGCAGCCUCCUAAAACAAAUUCUCCUUCAUCUCUACCUAUUUCUCCAAUACUACCUCCUAAAACAAACCCUCCUUCCUCUCCACCUUUGUCUUCAGUACCACCUCCAAAAACAAAUGUUUCUUCUUCACCAUCUAUUUCUCCAGUACAACCUCCUAAUACGAACUCUUAUUCUCCACCCUUGUCUCCAAUGCAGCCUCCUAGGACAACCCCUUCAUCUCCACCUAUUUCUCCAACACUACCUCCUAAGAUAAACCCUCCUUCCUCUCCACCUUUGUCUUCAGUACCACCUCCAAAAUCAAAUGUUUCUUCUUCACCAUAUAUUUCUCCAGUACAACCUCCUAAUACAAACUUUUCUUCUCCAUCCUUGUCUCCAAUGCAGCCUCCUAGGAGAACUCCUCCAUCAUCUCCAUCGAUUUCUCCAAUACUACCUCCUAAGACAAAUCCUCCGUCUUCUCCACCUUUGUCUCCAAUACCUCCUCCAAAAACAAAUCCUCCUUCUUCACCUCCUAAAGCAAAUCCUCCUUCUUCUCCAUCUAUUUUACCAAUAUAUUCUCCAAACACAAAUUCUCCUUCUUUUUCACCCUUUUCCCCAAAGCAACCCCCUAGGGCACAACCUCCUUCAUCUCCCUCAACUACUCCGACACUACCUCCUAUGACAAAACCCCCUUCUUUUCCACCUUUGUCUCCUCCUAUGAGACAACCUCCUUUAUCUCCACCGAUUUCUCCAAUACCACCUCCUAAGACAAAUUCCCCAUCUUCUCCACCUUUGUCUCCAACGCCUCCUCCAGAAACAAAUCCGCCUUCUCCACUACCUAUUUCUCCAGUAUAUCCUCCAAACACAUACCCUCCUUAUUCUCCACCAUUUUCUCCAAAGCACCCCCCUAGGGCACAACCACCUUCAUCUCCUCCAAUUAUUCCAACACUUCCUCCUAUGACAAACCCACCUUCUUCUUCACCUUUAUCUCCUCCUAAGACACAAUCUCCUUUAUCUCCACCUAUUUAUCCAGUACCACCUCCAAAGACAAACUCCCCAUCUUCUCCACCUUUGUCUCCAACGCCUCCUCCAGAAACAAAUCCUCCUUUUUCACCACCUAUUUCUCCAAUAUAUCCACCGAACACAUACCCUCCUUCUUCUCCACCAUUUUCUCCAAAUGGACACCCUAGGGCACAACCUCCUUCAUCUCCUGCGAUUACUCCAACACUACCUCCAAUGACAAACCCCCCUUCUUCUCCACCUUUAUCUCCUACUAUGACACAACCUCCUUCAUCUCCACUGGUUUCUCCAAUACCACCUCCUAAGACAAACCCUCCAUCUUUUCCACCCUUAUCUCCAAUGCCUCCUUCAGAAACAAAUCCCCCUUCUUCGCCUCCUAAAGCAAAUCCUCCUUCUUCUCCAUCUAUUUUACCAGUAUAUUCUCCAAACACAAAUUCUCCUUCUUUUCCACCCUUUUCCCCAAAGCAACCCCCUAGGGCACAACCUCCUUCAUCUCCUUCAACUACUCCGACACUGCCUCCUAUGACAAAACCUCCUUCUUUUCCACCUUUGUCUCCUCCUAUGAGACAACCUCCUUUAUCUCCACCGAUUUCUCCAAUACCACCUCCUAAGACAAAUUCCCCAUCUUCUCCACCUUUGUCUCCAACGCCUCUUCCAGAAACAAAUCCGCCUUCUCCACUACCUGUUUCUCCAGUAUAUCCUCCGAACACAUACCCUCCUUAUUCUCCACCAUUUUCUCCAAAGCACCCCCCUAGGGCACAACCACCUUCAUCUCCUCCAAUUAUUCUGGCACUACCUCCUAUGACAAAGCCUCCUUCUUCUCCACCUUUAUCUCCUCCUAAGACACAACCUCCUUCAUCUCCACCUAUUUAUCCAGUACCACCUCCUAAGACAAAUCCCCCAUCUUCUCCACCUUUGUCUCCAACGCCUCUUCCAGAAACAAAUCCGCCUUCUCCACUACCUAUUUCUCCAGUAUAUCCUCCGAAUACAUACCCUCCUUAUUCUCCACCAUUUUCUCCAAAGCACCCCCCUAGGGCACAACCACCUUCAUCUCCUCCAAUUAUUCCGGCACUACCUCCUAUAACAAAGCCUCCUUCUUCUCCACCUUUAUCUCCUCCUAAGACACAACCUCCUUCAUCUCCACCUAUUUAUCCAGUACCACCUCCUAAGACAAACCCCCCAUCUUCUCCACUUUUGUCUCCAACGCCUCCUCCAGAAAUAAAUCCUCCUUUUUCACCACUUAUUUCUCCAAUAUAUCCACCGAACACAAACCCUCAUUCCUUUCCACCAUUUUCUCCAAAGGAACCCCCUAGGGCACAACCUCCUUCAUCUCCCGCGAUUACUCCGACACUACCUCCUAUGACAAACCCCCCUUCUUCUCCACCUUUGUCUCCUCCUAUGACACAACCUCCUUCAUCUCUACCGAUUUCUCCAAUACUACCUCCUAAGACAAACCCUCCAUCUUCUCCAUCCUUGUCUCCUAUGCCUCCUCCAGAAACUAAUCCUCCUUCUUCACCUCCUAAAGUAAAUCCUUCUUCUUCACCAUCUAUUUCUCCAGUAUAUCCUCCUAUCACAAACCCUCCUUCUUCUCCACCCUUUUCUCCAAAGCAACCCCCUAGGGCACAACCUCCUUCAUCUCCUCUGAUUACUCCGAUAUUACCUCCUAUGAUAAACCCUUCUUCUUCUCCACUUUUGUCUCCUCCUAAGACACAACCUCCUUCAUCUCCACCGAUUUCUCCAAUAUUACCACCUAAGACAAAUCCUCCUUCUUCUCCACCUUUGUCUCCAACACUACCUCCAAAAAUAAAUCCUCCUUCUUCACCUCCUAAAGUAACUCAUCUUCCUCCUUUACUACCACCUCCGAUUGUAACUCCUCCUCCUCCACCAUCUCCGAUUGUAACUCUUCCUCCUCCUCCACCUCCGAUUGUAACUCCUUCUUCUCCUCCUCUAUCUCCUCUACUACCGCCACUUGUUACUUCUCCUCCUCCACCAUCUCCAGUUUUAACUCAACCUACACCACCUCCGAUUGUAAUUAUUUCUCCUCCUCUACCACCACCUCCUCAUUUGACUCCACCUCUUCUGUCGCCUCCAGUUUUAACUGAACCUUCACCACCUCCAAUUGUAACUCCUCCUCCUCUUUCACCACCAUCGCCACCUCUAAUUGUAACUCCUCCUCCUUUUUCACCAUCACCUCCGAUUGUAAUUCCUCCUCUACCACCUCCGAUUGUAACUCUUCCUCCUCUACCACCUCCAGUUUUAACACCUCCUCCUCCACCACCACCAUUACCUCCGAUUAUAACUCCUCCUCUUUUUUCACCACCACCUCCGAUUGUAAUUCCUCCUCUACCACCUCCAGUUUUAACACCACCACCACCACCACCGCCACCACCACCUCCUCCGAUUACAAUUCCUCCUCCACCACCUCCACCACCACUACCUGAGUUGUCUCCACCUCCUCCACCACCACCUCGAAUCGAAUCUCCUCCGCCACCACCUAAAACUUGUUCCAUAAAUACCUUUAAGUUAAGCAUUUGUUCGAAGUUGGUGAAUCCUUAUAGGAAAUAUGCAUUUUCGAAUCAGAUCAUUUCUCGCUUAUGUUGCAGCCAAUUUCACGGACUUGAUAAUUAUGAGGCAGCUCUUUGCCUUUGCAAGUCGAUUAAAAGCAAGAUGUUAGGCAUACCUUUUGUUGAUACCCAGCUUUAUCUAAAAAUGGUGAUGAGAACCUGUGGACGUAAGGUGCCUCAAAACUUCCGAUGCACACAUUAUUAUUAA